AUGGAUCAUCGGGGGGAGCGUGCCGGUAGUCGUUCCAAGAACGACACGAAGAUCCUUCGUAUCGAACCUACAUUUCGAUAUGAAGAAAUUCUGGGAAGUCGAAGAGGGACCGCAGAUACAACAUUUGACACCGGAAGAGAACAUUUCGGGAAGCACGUGCAACGCAACGACAUCGGACGCUACACCGUUGCACUGCCGUUCAAUGAGAAGAAAAAUCACCUCGGGGAAUCACGAUCUCGCGCCCUGACGCGCUUCUUCUCAUUGGAACGGAAACUAAAUAACAAUGCCGCGUUGCGCAACGAGUACACCGCGGUCAUUAAGGAAUACCUCGAGCUAGGGCACAUGAGACAGGUAAAAGAAAUCGACGCACCGGGUUUCUACCUGCCUCACCACGCGGUCUUUAAAAACACGAGCGCGACGACAAAGGUCCGCGUGGUUUUCGACGGCUCCGCUAAAUCGAGCAGCGGAUUAUCGCUUAAUGACGCGUUGUUAACCGGGCCCACGAUACAGAGCGACCUACUUUCACUGCUCCUGCGAUUUAGGAUGCACGUCUAUGUCUUGACCGGCGACAUAGAGAAAAUGUAUCGGCAAUUCCUCGUACGACCGGAGGAUCGAGCCUUCCAGCGCAUCUUAUGGAGAGAUGAGAAAAACAACGUGUCUACAUACGAGUUGAACACCGUCACGUUUGGUUUGACUGCAGCUCCAUAUCUCGCCAUAAGAGGCGUAUAUCAGCUCGCGGACGACGAAAAGGAACAAUUCCCGAACGCUUCGACGAUUGUGAAACGGGAUCUCUACGUCGACAAUUUGCUCACCGGAGCUGACACGAUCAAGGAGGCGAGAAAACUGCGAAGCGAAAUCCACAGCCUGUUCGAAUGA